ACUGCGGACAUAGUACAGGACAUGACCAGAGACUGCGGACAUAGUACAGGACAUGACCAGAGACUGCUGGACAUAGUACAGGACAUGACCAGAGACUGCGGACAUAGUACAGGACAUGACCAGAGAUUACGGACAUAGUACAGGAGAUGACCCAGAGACUAACGGACAUUGUACAGGACAUGCCCAGAGACUGCGGACAUACUACAGAUGGACCAGAGACUGCAGGCAUAGUACAGGAGAUGACCAGAGACUCGCAGACAUUCCAGGAUCGACGCCGCUGGACCGAGGAACAGGUAGGAUCAAGGAGCAGGUUCUUCUGCACAGUAGA